UUCUUAUCCAUUUUUGAGGGUGCUGAACCCAGACUUGGGCAUUGAAAAAACCGUGAGGACGUAACAGCACCACGACCGGUUAUUCGACCGCCCCUUUGCUGGGCCUGAAAGCUGUUCACGCUAAUGACGUCACUUGUAGAGUUGUCAUGGCGUCUUUGGGACAGAAGCUACCGCUACAAUUUAGCUAAAAACUGUCGACAGCCUGUAUAUCGAAAUGGAGAAAAAUGCGAGCCUGCAUCGAGACACCGACGGAAGCUCUUUGUGUGCCACUAUUGCGGAACAAAUGGGUGACGUUACAACAGUAGGUGGAGUGAAAGGAACAGCCGACAAAUACAAGAACAGCGAGGCUCCUCUCAGUACUUUGGUUGACGUGAGUUGUGGUAUCAGCACCACACAUGUUGGUGCGCUAAGCGCUGUUUCCAAUUCUGGGAAAGCCGACGUGCCAGAAAUGACCGAUGUCCUUCCCAUGCAGCAGCAGGACCAGAGGAAAGCCAGCAGUGCGCCUGCGAGCGGAGCGUGCUCGGGGUCUGUGGGUCUGAUCAGCAAUGGGAUGAUGGGGUUCGAGUCUGUGCUGCUGGCAGAGGACAACCAGGGAGGUGCCUCAAAGUUGGAAAGCGACAAAACAAUCGAAGAGGACUGCAAUUCACCAGCGGAGCCUUCAAGUUGUGGAGAAAGCGAACCAACCAAAGUUGCCAAACCCACUCAGCUGUGUCCGGACAACAAUGCAACCACGGCGGGCGUGAAGUUGGGGGUGUCUGGCGAUCACACCUUAUCAGAAGCAUUGCCUGGUGGGAGUGACCCUGAACACAGCCUCGCCGGAGAGUCUCGAAGCAUAGAAUCGCUCGAGUCCUUCUCCAACCUGAACUCGUGCCCCAGCUCCGACCUAAACAGCGAGGGGCUGGAGGAGCGGGGGCUCGCGUUGGCCCUGCAGAACGAUUACGGAGCUGAUGGGAUAAAGACUUCCUGUGGAAAGGACCGAGCGGCGGGCCAGUCCAUAUAUCACAUUAAAUGGAUCAAGUGGCGGGAGGAGAACACGCCGGUCAUCACGCAGAACGAGAAUGGCCCCUGUCCGUUACUGGCAAUCAUGAACGUCCUGAUGCUUGCAGGGAAGGUGAAGAUGCCUCCCAUGAUGGAAAUCAUCACUGCAGAACAGCUAAUGGAGUAUCUUGGUGACUACAUUCUGGAGACCAAACCUAAAGAGAUAUCAGAGGCCCAGAGGCUAAACUAUGAGCAGAACAUGAGUGAUGCCAUGGCAGUGCUACAUAAGCUGCAGACGGGUCUGGAUGUUAACGUGAAGUUCACGGGCGUGCGGGUCUUUGAGUACACCCCCGAAUGCAUCGUCUUUGAUCUGCUUGACAUCCCUCUUUAUCACGGCUGGCUUGUUGACCCUCAGAUGCAGGACAUUGUAAAAGCGGUGGGCAACUGCAGCUACAACCAGCUGGUGGAGAAGAUAAUAUCCUGCAAACAGUCGGACAACAGUGAACUGGCAGGAGAGGGUAUCGUGGCUGAGCAGUUUCUGAGCAGCACAGCCACUCAGCUGACGUACCACGGCUUGUGUGAGCUCACAUCCACUGUCCAGGAGGGAGAGCUCUGUGUCUUUUUCAGGAAUAACCACUUCAGCACUAUGAUCAAACACAAGGGCCAGCUGUACCUUCUGGUUACAGACCAGGGAUUCCUGACAGAGGAGAAGGUUGUUUGGGAGAGUCUGCACAAUGUUGAUGGAGAUGGAAACUUCUGUGAUUCGGAGUUCCGGUUACGGCCUCCCUCCGAUCCAGAGACUGUAUACCACGGCCAGCAGGAUCAGAUAGAUCAGGACUAUCUGAUGGCGCUGUCGCUACAGCAGGAGCAGCAAAGCCAGGACCUGCAGUGGGAGCAGCUUCCUGAAGCCAUCAGUGACCUCGACCUGGCAAAAAAGCUACAAGAAGAGGAGGACCGGCGAGCCUCGCAGUUCUAUCAGGAGCAGGAACAGGAGCAGGCUGCAGCUGCUGGACAUGCACAGCAGGGCCAACAGGAGCCUCUGGAGGGAGGGGCCACGCAGAGAGGAAGUGCGGCAGCAGCUGGAGCAGCAGUCAGUGGGGCAAAUGCAGCAGCAGCAGCUGGAAACACAUCCAGCCCCGGAAAACAGUCGACGAGCGGGGAGCGAAAAGCCAAGAAGGAGUCAAAAGACAAAGACAAGUGUGUUAUUUUGUAACGUACAGCUCGCGCACUUGCGUUUUGUCCUCAUCUGUGUGAAAGGAGACAGCAGUCGCUUUCUCCAUGGACUGCACACAUCUCACAGCUGCUACUCAAUCGCAAAAGGAGGUGAUUGAGGAGAAAGGUGACUAACAGGAUUGGCUUCUUUUCUUCCCUCCCCCUCAAACCACUGGUGCCUGCUGUCCUCUUUCCUCAGUGGGAAACGGGACAUCAGAGGAAGGGACACUGCAGAAACAACUACUACCCCUGAUCUUUCAUAAAAUAGGCCAAACUUUGUUACAACUCGCACAGUGCACUAUAUUUGUGAGUGGGGUCAAAUUUCUCUGGGGUGCUGUGUUUUAUAGCGCAGGGGGAAGUAGAAUUCUUUUUCAACAAAAAAAGGAAGGAAAAAAAAUACAAUAAUUGAAGUUUUCAUUGUCGCAGAUUAUAAGCUCCUGCAUUUCCAUCAACCUUUUAAGGUUUAGAAAAAUCUUGUUUAGUUCUCAGUUCUGCCAUGACUCAUGUUUAUUUAUCAGUGACAACACGUAGCUUUAUAAAAAAAAAUAUUUUUAGUUUGGAGAAGGGAUUUCUUUCUUAAAUUUCCCGUCUGUUGGAAAUCAGUGUACACUACAUGCUAAGAGUUAAUACAAGAUAGCUGCCACACACUGUAGCUGUGACCAACUGAGCUAAUCACAGCUAGCCCUGUUCAGAUUUGCCUUACCGAUGUAUAGCAGUAUUGUAUAAUGCUCUGUCUGAAUGUGAACGCGUGCUAGUUUUCAUGUGUGGUGUGAUGUAUGCCGGAUGUGAUGGUGUACGUCGUCUCAUUUGUUGUGCAUUCUAGGUGCAACGCGUUUCAGUUUGGAAAUAGCCAAAUGCUUUGUGCUUUACAAGUUCAGCUUCACAGACAUCUGAUGUCUUUUAUUUUUGUGGAUCCAUCUCUCAAAUAUUCUGUUUCUUUGAGUUUUUUUAAAAACAUUUUUUUCUGAAACAUAAGCUCUGUGUGUCUGAUGGCGCUCACUUUAGUAUUAAUGAUAGUUAAGAAGGCCCUUCUCGUUCUCACAGCCUCUACUAGCUGCUGCUUGCAUUUCUGCUUGCUUGAGCUCCUGUCUUCUAUAAUUUCCUCUGCAAAAGGAAGUUACAGAAAAAAUUCUGCAACGAGAGGAUCUUGUGGAUCUUUGUCGAGAAGUAAUAACCUUUAUUGUGAAGGUGUCAUGAGAGCAGUCGGUCUUAGAAAGCCUCUGAGGAGGCACCAUUGAGAAAUUGUAUCAUUUGACUCCACCAAGAUCAUUGAAAUAAUAAAUAGUAAGUGUUCCAUUAUUCAAAAAGACUCUAUAAUCAGAGUUCACUGCCAAGAUCUUUUCUUUCUGUUGUCACACAUCUUUGUGCUGAGUGGUGGUGAUGAUGAUGGGGUGUCAUGGAGUUCAUGAUUCAGAAAAAAGCCAUUGCUUAAGAGCAACUAAAAUUCACAAAAUGUAGCCAUGCAUAGUAUUAUUAGAUGUAUUAAUAAGUUGUGCACUCCAAACCUGCACUGGAUUCUAUCUCUCUCUUGCAUCUUCGUCCUUGCAUCUUCAUCAAGAUAUUUCAGAUCCCAUUGCAAAGCAGAGGACCUUCCACAAACGGAGUUCCUCUAGGCGUUGUCGAGCUUCACCCGAAAAACGGAGUAGCAGAAAGUUAAUUUCAGAAGUUGGGAGGCAUCACCUUCAAGCUAGCAUUUCCCUUCAGCAUCCAGCACGGUGUACAUAUUGACCUCACGCCUUGUGUUUUUGCUUGUGCCAUUAUCGUACCAUGAGGCUGCCUCUGGAGACACUUUCCACACAUUCCAGCUGGAUGCCUUGACUCAUGCUCUCUGUAGAUGACGUGCAGUGCUCAUAAAGCGGUUUUGCAUUAUUUUUGAUUAGUCAGGCAGCACACAGCACUCUUUAGGAGAUAUUUCUCAUGCAUUCAGUGAUAAGCGAAGGCCAGGCUUCGUGGAUUUGUCGCUUUUCGUUUGUGUUUUCUUUGUACAUUCAUUUCUGCAUGUUUUACAUGGCAUAGAAGAAACAGGCGUAACAAACGGAGACAAUCCAUACAUUUUUCAACACUAGACUGACUCUCAGGCCUUUUGUAAAGGGACAGAUUCUUGUGUCUUUUUCAGAUGCUUUUUAUUGGCACAGUUUAUAGGCCUGCAGUCCUUUUCGUAGUCAUACUUUUUGGAAAUCUAGAUGGAUAUAUGUAUAAAAAACAAACUUUUACACUUCGAAAAAACUUAACGCUACAUUAUUAAAGACCUUAUUUUUCACUAAAGAUUCAAGGCAAGGCAAGUUUAUUUGUAUAGCACAAUUCGUCCAGAAAAUAAUUCAAAGUGCUUCACAAAACAGGAAAAUGCAUUAAAAUCCCAAUAUAUAACAGUGCAAAGAUUAAAAACAUACAUAGUUGUAAUAAAAUUUACUUUAAAAGAAAGGAAAGAGAAAAGAAAAUGAAAAAAGGUGUCGAUAAGGACCUUUCAGUUAUAUACACGGCUAAAUAGGAAUGUUUUGAGUCUAGAUUUGAACCUUAACACAGAAGAGGCCUGUCUCACAACCUCAGGGAGACUGUUCCCGCUUUAAGCUGCAUAAGUCUGAAACGCUGAUUCCCCUUGUUUAGUCCUGACUCUGGGCAUCAACAGGAGGCCGGUCCCUGAAGUCUUAAGAGUCCGAGAUGGUUCAUAUGGCACUAAUAUGUCAGAGAUGUACUUAGGUGCAAGGCCAUGGGGAGACUUGUAAACAAGCAGAGCUGUUUUAAAGUCUAUUCUUUGAGCUACAGGAAGCCAGUGCAGAGACCUGAGCACAGGACUGAUGAGAUGGGACUUCCUGGUUCUAGUCAGGACUCGAGCAGCAGCGUUCUGGAUGUACUGAAGCUGUUUUCCAGCUCGUUUGGGGAGGCAAUGAGCAGGCGUUACAGUAAUCUAACCUGCUGUAGACAAAUGCAUGAAUAAGUAUCUCCAGGUAUGGCUUUGAAACUGUUUUUGAUUUUGGCAAUACUUUUUAGAUGGUAAAAUGCUGCUGAUGUUACCGACUUGAUAUGGCUGUUAAAGUUCAGGUCAGAGUCCAUGAUUACCCCCAAGUUUCUGACUUGAUUUGAAGCUUUUAGAGACAGAGAGUGAAGGUAACUGCUGAUACUUUCUCUUUGUUUCUGUGGACCAAAGACGAUGCGAUGACUUCAGUCUUGUCUGAGUUAAGCUGGAGAAAGCUGUUUUGUUGGAUGCAAUGACUGAGUGAAUCCACUGGCCCUCAUAUUCACCUGCUGUCAGUGACGCAUAGAUCUGAGCAUCGUCUGCGUAGUUGUGAUAUGUUAUGACUGCGAAUUCACUGACCUGGUGGCAGCAUGUAGAGGUUGAACAAAAGGGGUCCCAGGAUGAUCACAGUUCAAGGCCAUGCAGUCUGAGACACAACUCCCAAUUUCAAUAAAAUAUUUCCUGUUUUCUAGAUAGGACUUGAACCAACUCAUUGCCUCUCUUUGAUGUGUAGGAGUGAUCUUUCUGGGCAGCAUUAAGGAUUUUGAUAAUUAUAUGCACUUUUCAACCUCAUAGCAGUUUUUGAUACAGCUUCAAGAAAAUAAAAGAGCUCUGUAUAUUGGUGGAGUUUUUUUGUUAUUUUUGCCUCAUUAAAUACACAUAUAUAUAUAUAAAACAUUCCAGUACAAGUUUAAUAAAGACACUUAAGUUAGUUUGUAUAUUUUACGUUGUUUGUAGGAGCUUUCAGUAGUGUUGUAGUGACAUCAUGACCCACUUUUCUUCCUCUUUUUAAAUGUAUGACUGCAUUGGUUCAAUGUUCUUUCACUACUUUGGCAGAUUUCUCCCAUUUUGUUUAAAAAUAAUUGUUUUUGUUUCAAACACAUUUGCUUCUCGCCCGAUCCCUGUGACGAAGUGAUCAGAAAGCUGUCGUGUUGUUUUUGGUGUCUCAAAGUGGUUUCUUUGUAAAAGUGAUGGUCAGGUAGAUUCUGUAAAGUCUCUUGAUUGAGGUGAGGUGGUUGUUGGAACAUGGAGGUCCUGUCAUUGGUUCUGCACUGUUACAUUGAUAUGCACUAACGGAGAAAGACACAUACCUCAUUUUCUACAGGAAGUCCGGAAGCUAAAAGUGCAACAGAAGAUUUGGGGGAAAAGUCUCUAAUGUGUUGGUUGUAACUGCUUGAAAGAUGAAAAAACAAUUGUGGUUUAUAAAAGAAGGGAAGGCCUAUUUAAAUGUUUUGCUUUAAUUAAAUUAAUUUGUGUUUCAUUUAAUUGAACUUGCUGCAAUUUAAUGAAAGUACACCCUAAAGAUAAAAAAAAAAAUGUUCAAGGUUCCAACAUAUGAAUGAAACUACAUUUUUCUUUAGAUUAUUUCAAGAUAGGAGUGGUAGAUUGAAGAGAGGCAUAAUAACAAAACAAAUUUGGUACUUAAAUCAUAGAAACAAAUAUAUGUAGCGUCUCUUCUUCUAACCCAAGUUAUUCCAAAAAAAACUGUUCACAUCACAGAGAAACAGUUUUCAGACACAUCCAGCCCCAAACAACCAGGAAAUAAUCUAAUCGAACUCCUGGAUUUGACUUUGUGAAGUCUGUCAGUGUGGAAUUCUGUGCUGAGCACAACUCCAAAAAUUGGAAAAUCUACUUUACGCCCUCACCGUGUUUAUAGUUGACAUAAACAAAGGGAACGCGUUUGUGAAUAUGGAAGGUAAAUCCUUUUGUGUCAUCAUUGUUCAUCUAUUUACAUAAAUGACCAAAUAAUGUAUGUAGCCUUUCACAUUAUAGUCACAUUGUAUAUAGUUAAAUAUAUAUAUGUAUAAAACAAAAUGCCUUAUAGACGAAGGAUAUUCAACCUGAUUAGAAGUUACCUGGAUAAUAAAAGACUAAAAUAAA